UGAUUGUUAACAGUUUUUAGUUAAGAACACCGCAAUAAACCGCCUUUAACUUUAUCUCAAAGCAAACUAGAUAAGACUAAACUAAUACAUUUUAUUAUGCACUACCUAUAACUAAGUGAGUGUUAAAAUUAACGUUAUAAUUUUUUGUUUAGUUGUCAAUUUGAUACGAUUCGAAGCACUAUGUAAAAAUACGCGGGAUUUUAUAUUUUUUUAUUGGGGAAAGGCAAGGGAGACUCUUUUAAACUGCCUGAUUUGACAGUUCGUUUUCAUUCUUUUAUCAGUGGCCAGUAACAUUUAGCAAUCAUGACAGUUUCAAAGACGACCAAAGAGGUCGAUGAAAAAGAUAUAGAUUUUGAUGAUCUCUUGCCUUAUGCGGGGGAAUUUGGGCCUUAUCAGGUAUUUCUGUUUAUGUCGACUUUGCCGUUCUAUUUUUAUUUCGCGUUCGUGUCGUAUGGCCAGAUAUUUCUGACGGAGGCCCCUCAGGAGCACUGGUGUUGGAUACCUGAACUGGAGAAUCUCACUGCAUUAGAAAGGCGUUCCCUGGCCAUACCACAAGAUGGCAGCAGUAUCUACGGCUACUCCAGAUGUUACAGUUACGAUGUCAACUUCACGAGUCUCCUGUCAAACUUGACCCCACCGCACCCGUCAACGCCGACUGUCAAAUGUCAAAAUGGAUGGGAGUUCGAUUUUAAAGACAUCCCAUAUCGCACCACAGCUGUAGAUAUGGCGUGGGUGUGCGACCACAACGACUCGCAAGCGACGGCACAGUCGGUGUUCUUCGUGGGGUCGGUCGUCGGCAGCCUCAUCCUCGGCUGGAUCUCGGAUAGGUUCGGCAGGAUACCCGUCACUGUCUGCUCCAAUAUCCUGGGCUGCGUGGGAGGCAUUGCCAGCUCAUUCACCAACACAUUUUGGACAUUCACCGCGACCCGCUUCAUUGUUGGCAUGGCGUAUGAUAACUGCGUCAUGAUGAUCUACUUGUUGGUCCUUGAAUACACGGCCCCGCGCUAUAGAACGGCAGUAGCCAACACUUCCUUCGCAUUAUUCUACUCGCUUGCCUCCUGUGCGUUGCCGUGGCUGGCUCUCCUGGCGAACAACUGGAGAAUAGGGGCUCUGGUCUUCAGUGUGCCCCUGGGCUUUGCCAUCCUGACGCCCUUUAUUAUACCAGAAAGUCCAAGAUGGCUCCUAUCAAAGGGUCGUGUUGAAGAAGCGAUUCAGAAGCUGAACAGAAUAGCACAUAUGAAUGGCAAAGUUGUUCCAGAGAAGCUUUUGGAUGAUUUCAGGGCGUCUCGCGCAAAGCCUGCAAACGCAGUAGAACAACUGAGCCUCCUCGACGUAUUCCGAAGGCCCGUACUUCGUAAACAGUUCAUCCUGGUCUGUGUGGAAUACAUGAUCGUCAGCCUGGUGUUUGACAGCCUGGUCCGCAUUGUGGGCACUCUUGGGGCUGACUUCUUCAUCAGCUUCACUAUUGCUAGUCUGACGGAGUUGCCGUCGAUUUUGCUGCUCGUUGUCGUUAUGGAUUGGCUCGGCAGACGCUGGAUGACAGCUACGUGUUGCCUCAUUGCUUGCAUUUUCGGCAUCCUCUCUGCUUAUGUACCUAAAGGCACAGCCUCUCUCGCCUGCGCCGUGGUAGCCAGGUUCGUGACGAACAUGUCCACCACCGGGGUCAUCCAAUGGGCGCCGGAGAUCCUGCCCAACCAGGUGCGAGGGGCGGGCGCCGCCUUCGUCCACAUGUGUGGGUUCCUGGCUACCAUUGUGUCGCCUUAUGUUAUUUAUUUGGAAACCAUAAACCCUUAUCUGCCUCAGCUAAUAAUAGGUGCUAUAUCCGCAUUAGGAGUGGUUAUAGCUCUAUUCAUAGCUGAGACCAGCGGGCGAACCAUGCCGCAAACCUUCAAUGAUGCAGAGACCAUGAUUAACGAUCAGUCGUUCUGGGAGUCACCCUGCAAUAGAAAUCCGAAUACCAAGGCAGAGAAAAACAUAAUAUAAUGCUGUUGUGAUAAAAAAACGUCUAUAUACAUAUUUAUGUGCUGAACGAACUUAUAAAAAUUAGUGCCAAGGAUUUUAACAUCCAGAAAACAAAUGUUUUA